ACACGGGACACCGAGCUUCCUCCAGAGUCAGAGGAGCGGCGGGAGCGCCAGGCCUGGUUUUGCCUCUCUGCCCCAGUCCAGUGGAUUUGGCAGAGCCCACCGCCGCCAUCUUCAUUGUUAUUGCAAUUUUAAAACAUUGUUGCUUUGACGAUGCAUGUCAACAAAUCCUAAAACUUAUGAUGACCGUAAAAACGAUGAUUUGAACAACUUUACAGCUCAAAAAAUACAUGAGUUUUAACAGAAGAAUUAAGAUACAAUGGCUCUUGGUAAGACAGCUGUCAAGGUGAUACGUUUAGGCAGAAUUUCAUACAGCAAUGCCUUGAAGAUAAAGCAGCAACACAUAAAGCAACAUCUGGAUUCGGUCAGUAACAACCCAAACACUUUAUUACUGUGUGAACAUGAACCUGUGUACACCAUUGGCAUCAGACAGGCCCCAUACCCUCCUGAGGAGGAACAAAGGCUGAAAGCCCUGGGUGCAGACUUCUUCCGUACAAACCGAGGAGGUCUAAUAACUUUUCAUGGGCCUGGUCAGUUGGUGUGCUACCCUGUACUCAACCUGGGCUGCUUUAAGAAGAGCGUGAGAUGGUACGUGUGUGAACUUGAAAGGACUGUGAUCAUGAUGUGCAGUAAAUUUGGGAUCAAAGCCUCCACCUCUCCAGAUACAGGCAUUUGGGUUGGCAAUAACAAAAUUUGUGCAAUUGGUAUCCAUUGUGGAAGAUACAUAACCUCCCAUGGUUUGGCUCUAAACUGCAAUACAGACAUGAGUUGGUUUGAUAACAUUGUGCCAUGUGGACUUGUGGGGAAAGGUGUGACAUCAUUGAGCCAAGAACUGGGACGGGAUGUCCCAACUGAGGAAGCCAUUCCAAAACUACUUGAAGCCUUUACUGAACAAUUCAACUGCACUUUAACAUACAGUGAUUCAGUUAAAACAAACACAUGUUUAUGAGUAUCUAGUGUAAGAGGCUUUAUUAAAAGUAUAUUCAAAUCUUCCUGCUUGUAUAGUAUUAAAAUUAAUUGAUAUGUUUGUGCUGUGUUCAUGUACAGUUGAAGUCAGAAGUUUACAUACACCUUAGCCAAAUACAUUUAAACUCAGUUUUUCACAAUUCCUGACAUUUAAUUGUAGAAAUCGUUCCCUGUCUUAGGUCAGUUAGGAUCACUACUUUAUUUUAAGAAUGUGAAAUGUCAGAAUAAUAGCAGAGAGAAUGAUUUAUUUCCGAUUUUAUUUCUUUCAUCACAUUCACAGUGGGUCAGAAGUUUACAUACACUUUGUUAGUAUUUGGUAGCAUUGCUUUUAAAUUGUUUAACUUGUGUCAAACGUUUUGGGUAGCCUUCCACAAGCUUCUCACAAAAAGUUGCUGGAAUUUUGGCCCAUUCCUCCAGACAGAACUGGUGUAACUGAGUCAGGUUUGUAGGCCUCCUUGCUCGCACACACUUUUUCAGUUCUGCCCACAAAUUUUCUAUCAGAAUGAGGUCAGGGCUUUGUGAUGGCCACUUCAAUACCUUGACUUUGUUGUCCUUAAGCCAUUUUCCCACAACUUUGGGGGUACGCUUGGGGUCAUUGUCCAUUUGGAAGAUGCAUUUGCGACCGAGCUUUAACUUCCUGACUGAUGUCUUGAGGUUGUGCUUCAAUAUAUCCAUAUAAUUUUCCUUCCUCAUGAUGCCAUCUAUUUUGUGAAGUGCACCAGUCCCUCCUGCAGCAAAGCAGCCCCACAACAUGAUGCUGCCACCCCCAUGCUUCACGGUUGGGAUAGUGUUCUUCGGCUUGCAAGCCUCACCUUUUUUCCUCCAAACAUAACGAUGAUAUUUAUGGCCAAACAGUUAAAUUUUUGUUUCAUCAGACCAGAAGACAUUUCUCCAAAAAUGAAUAUCUUUGCAUAUUCAUUACAUAUUAUGUGCACUUGCAAACUGUAGUCUGGCUUUUUAUGGUGGUUUUAGAGCAGGGGCUUUUUCCUUGCUGAGCAGCCUUUCAUGUUGUCGAUAUAAGACCUGUUUUACUGUGGAUAUAGAUACUUGUCUACCUGUUACCUCCAGCAUCUUUACAAGGUCCUUUGCUGUUUUUCUGGGAUAGAUUUGCACAUUUCGCACCAAACUACGUUCAUCUCUAGGAGACAGAAUGCAUCUCCUUCCUGAGCGGUAUUAUGGCUGCGUGGUCCCAUGGUGUUUAUACUUGCAUACUAUUGUUUGUACAGAUGAACGUGGUACCUUCAGGCUUUGAAGAAUGAACCAGACUUGUGGAGGUCCAACAUUUUUUUUUCUGAUGUCUUGGCUGAUUUCUCUUGAUUUUCCCAUGAUGUCAAGCAAAGAGUUUGAAGGUAUGCCUUAAAAUACAUUCACAGGUACACCUCCAUUUCAGUACACCUCCUAUCAGUAUCUAAUUGUCUAAAGGCUUGACAUAAUUUUCUGGAAUUUUCCAAGUUGCUUAAAGGCACAGUUAACUUAGUGUAUGUAAACAUCUGAUCUACUGGAAUUGUGAUAUAGUCGAUUAAAAGUGAAACAGUCUGUCUGUAAACAAUUGUUGGAUGUGUCAUGUACAAAGUAGAUGUCCUAAAUGACUUGCCAAAACUAUAGUUUUAUCAUAUUAAAUCUAUGGAGUGGUUAAAAAAUGAGUUUUAAUGACUUCAACCUAAGUGUAUGUAAACUUAUGACUGCAGCUGUACCUUCCCAUAUUUAAGUGUUGGUACCAUCGUACAGAUGGUCAAUGCGAUGUUACAUUGAUAUACAAGUCAAAAGUUUGAACACGCUUGAACCAUUUCAUCUAAAGGCACAUGAAUUUCUUUACAAAGUUAGAAUUUUAAUUGAUAUUUUUUAAUGGGUGAAUUGAAGGAAAAGUAGCCAACAACUGGCCAGCAAACAUGGCAACUCCACCAAUGCUGUUUUAAAAGCAUCUGUGGCACCUCAUUAAGUCUGAUGAUAUAAUAAAUAGUAAUUUAGUCGAUGGGUGGCUACUUCGAUGCUAAAAUGUAAGAUAGAUUUUAUUUGUUUCCAGCUUGUGAUUAGUAUUUAAUUCCCAUGCUUCCAUGUGUGGUAUUUCAUAGUUUUGACAUAUUUACUAUCAUUCUAAAAUGUGGGAAAUAGUAAAAUGAUUACCAUAUGCAUAUACCAUGGAAUUUACAUAGUACUCCAAAGGUGAUGUAUAGCUAUUGUAAAUGUAAAAACAACAACAAAACCCAUAUUACCAUGACAUCAUAGCCAAAGAACAAUAAUAAUACCAUAGUAGGUUUUUUUUUAGUUUUAAAAAAAAAAAAAAAAUUAAGUGUUGGUAAUAGAUUCUCUGCAUGGUUAUCUUUUGAGAUUUAUGACUCAUAUGUUGAUGAACUCCUAAUGAGGUCACCAGGAGGCAUUCUCAUUAAAAAACAUGAGCACCUUGCCUAAAGCAAGAUGAGAUGUUUACAUAU